GGAAUUCUGUAAACCGGGAUAUCUCUGAGGAUGGACGUAUUUCCGCUAAUGACGUAGUCAACAUCCUGUGUAGUUUGGAAAAGAAGUGGAGUUGUUUUGCUAGGAGUAUCUCUGGUUAUAGUUAAUACCACCAUCGCUUAACUAGACAAGAUAGUGAAACUAUAUUCAAAAUAAAUUUGUAUUUAUUUUAAACUUGUUAAAGUUGUACUGAAAGCUAACGUUAAUUAGUUAACGUUAAGCUAGCCUACUCCUACUAUAGCCGGUAAUUUCUGGUGGAUCAAGUUUGUGUCGAGGAGAGAACAAGGCUGCCUGCGUUAAAAGACAGAGGUUAUUCACACCACCACCAUGAAGCUUUUCAGUCUGAGUGUGCUGUAUAAAGGGACCACCAAGUCUAACCUACUGAAAGCUGCCUACGACCUGUCAUCCUUCAGCUUCUUCCAGAAGUCCAGUGUUCAGGAGUUCAUGACAUUCACCAGUGACCUCAUAGUUCAACGCUCGUCUAUAGGGAGCCGAGCCUCUGUCAAAGAACAAGAGUACCUGUGUCACGUGUAUGUGAGGAACGACUCCCUGGGUGCGGUGGUGAUUGCUGACGGAGAGUAUCCCUCUAGAGUGUGCUUCACCCUACUGGAUAAGGUGCUGGAGGAAUUUUCCAGACAGGUGAGCAGUAUAGACUGGCCCUCUGGUUCUCCUGACACUGUCCACUAUACUGCCCUGGACAGCUACCUCGCCAAGUACCAGAAUCCUCGGGAGGCGGACGCAAUGAGUAAAGUACAAGCUGAGCUGGACGAAACCAAAAUAAUUCUGCACAACACUAUGGAAAGUCUGUUGGAGAGAGGAGAGAAGCUGGAUGAUCUAGUCCAGAAGUCAGAACACCUGGGGAACCAGUCUAAAGCCUUCUACAAGACGGCGCGGAAGCAGAACUCUUGCUGUGAGGUCAUGUGAUGUUGCUGGACCCCUCUUGAUCUCCUCACCCCCCGGAUGUGCCAUGACUAUCAGCCUUCAUAUUAUACUUCUUACUCUGCGUGUGUGUGAGUGUACUGGCGAAAUGGUUGUGUGGUGAAGUGUAUCAGG